AUGGCCAUACUUGGACUUUUACCACAACUUGCAACAAACAACCCCAUUUUGACUGUUCUCCCUUUAUCAACUGUAGUCUUUUUCACUGCUAUGAAAGAUGCUAUCGAGGAUAGAAAUAGACAUGAAAUAGACAAGAAAUUCAAUAGUGAUACUUGUUAUGUAUUGCAAAAUUUUUAUAAUGUAAAUUAUCCUCGAGAAAAAUUAAUUACUGCUUGGGAAAAAAUAUUGUAUAAAUUAUUCUUUAAAUCCGACAAAAAAGGUGUUGAUGAAGAAUCUCCACCAUCAGAACCGUCAAAUACUAUAGAUGGAAGUGCUAUAUCAACUUAUGUAUUGAAAGAUCAAGUACCUGAUGCUGUUGAAAGAUUAGAUUCAAAUAGAGACUCAAUUGAAUUGGCUUCAUUUGUCACUUUUUGUACCGAUUCCAAUUUCUUGUCAUUUGCUGAUCCUGAAUUAUUUAGAGAUCUUAGAGCUCAAAAAAAAGAUAAUUAUAACGAUAGUAAAAUUGAAUAUGAAAUCAAUGACGAUAACAUUGGCGGCAGUAGCAGUGCAAAGAGAAAAGUCAGAGAAUCAUUUAUUAAUAUUAAUAGUAUACUACCAUCAUUGAAAGCUCUUGAUUCAGUUACAAAUCUAGUUGGCCCAUCAAAUCCUGAUAGCGUAAUGAAGCAAUUAGAUGAUGUAGUGGCUUCCUUACUUGGAAACAAUAUUGCGACACCUAAUGGGCAACAACAAAAUCAACAGAUGCAAGAAGCUUUUCAUUCAGUGAUAUGUUGUCGUGUAAGUCCUUUACAAAAAGCUUUUGUUGUAGAGCUAAUAAGAACAGGUAAAAGGACUACAACUUUGGCCAUCGGAGAUGGUGCUAAUGAUGUAAGUAUGAUUCAAGCAGCAAAUGUUGGUAUUGGAAUAUCUGGACAAGAAGGAGUUCAAGCAUCAAUGGCAGCUGAUUAUUCUAUGCCACAAUUUCGUUUUCUUGGAAAUUUAUUAUUAGUACAUGGCCAUUGGGAUUACUUGAGAAUUUCUGAAAUGAUAUUGAAUUUCUUUUAUAAGAAUGUGAUAUGGGUAUUUCCUGUAUUAUGGUAUCAAAUAUUUUGCCUUUUUGUACAACUUUACAACAUGAUAUUUACAGUCGCACCUGUAAUUGUAUUAGGUGCAAUGGACCAAUCGGUCAGAGCGGCAGCUGGUCCAAUUGAAUUUUCUACAGCAGUAGCAGUUUCAGUGAUAGUGAUAGCAAAUCUGUUUGUUAGCUAUAAUACUUACCAUUGGACAUUUUUUACUUGGGCAUCUUUAGUCGUAGAAAUUUUUUCAGUAUUUGCGUUCGUUACAAUUUACGGGAUGUUUGUGGAUAGUCCAAUAUAUGGAAUUGGUGCACAGUUGUUCAGUGAGCCGAUAUUUUGGUUUGGAUUAUUAUUCGUAAUUUGGUUGUCAUUGUUACCAAGAUAUAUUAUAACAUUCGUUAAACAAUGGUGGUAUCCAGAUAAUUUGGAUUUGGCGAGACAAAUUAGAAAAAAAGAAAAAUUGGAAAAACAUUCAAUAAUUACAAGAGAAGUAGCAAAUGAAUCACCAAAGAGAAAACCUAAAGAAAAGAUAUCACCACCUACAAUUCAUGUCGAAUUUGUAGAAUAA